CUGUGCCGGCACCGGAUGUGGAAUGCCGCUACCGGAAGUCGGGGAAUUGACGGAGCGACGGAGAGGCCGCGAGGAGCCGGCGUGAGGGAUAAAGAUUUGGAGACCGACAACUGUUUUCUUAAUACAUCAGUAAAGGCGCUUCAAGUCUCUGCCCAACUUCUCGUAAGCUUUAUCUGAGAAGUUCCUGAUAUGUGCUUCAGAUCACCGGUGAGAUGGUAAAGGUUAGCCUAUGGCCCAGCAUGAUGGAUAGACAGAAGACCAAGACUUGUUUGCCACUGAGUGGUCCAGGCACUGAUAUAAAUGUGUCUUCCAUCCACACGGUGGGGUAUUUGGGAAAAUUUUUUCAAAGUACUUCACUAGAUCCACAUGAAUAUUGUCCAGUUUGUGCAGCAAAAGGGAAACGGAUGGUCCUACGCAGAUAUGGUAUCAGCUUUGAAGAAUCCAUUCUUCUUUGUACAAAUCCACAGUGUUUCUUUCCUUUGGGAUGUAAACCAUUGAAUGAGAUCCUAACUUCAUCCACCUUGCCAAGCCUUCAAUCAUCACUUUAUAGUGGGGAGAGCAUAUAUAAAUCAAGCGUGCUGAUUCAAUCGUCCAAACAGAAUGUGAAACGACAAAAAACUUUGAAUUGUAGUAACAAAGACACUUGGGAUAGUUUCAGUAGUCUAUCCAGGGAAAGUGCUUUUAAGUUUACAGCCAGCAGAUUGAAUAAAAUAGACAACUUUAUUCCUUAUUCAAAUAAUGGAAGCAAUCAUCAGACAGUUAAUUCUGCUGAAGUGCAUGGAACAGGUGUCACAAAUGAGCCAAUUCAUGUGGCUCCUGGACAACUAUGUGGCAAAAGAAAGGAGCCAUCGACUGAAUCUGAACAUUCUGAAUUGGAAGUUCCUAAAGAGGAAUUGUCUAUCGAACAAUUAAUUCUUCAGUGGAAGAACACAGCUGCACUCUGCUGGCUAGACUGCAUCUUAACAGCUCUGGUCCAUUCGAAAGUACUUCGAAAUGUCAUAACCAAUCUAGGAACAGAAGUGGAAUCUCCAAUUAAGAAUCUAUGCACUGAGUAUGACCAGGCAUGUGCACUACUGUCUAGCAGCCAAUGUCGUGGAACAGGUGAUGGUUUAUGGAAGAUUCCUCCUCAGUUGCUCGCUCAGAUAGAAUUAAUGCUGAACAAUAUCCGGGAGAGAGUCUUCAAUUUGCUUCAACCAAAGCUGAGAUGCGAAUUAGGAAAAUCUGACAGCCCAGUCUUUGCUUUCCCACUUCUACUUAAGCAGGAUGCCUGUAUUGAGACGUUUUUUAUACAAUCAUAUAUUUGGAGUUUUGAAUGUAUGAAGUGUGGCUACAAAUAUGACGAGAGGUGUACAAAAACCUUGACUACAUUUACAAAAAUAGAUUCAGAUUGGCAUCCGCUGAAUGCUGUUCAUAAAUCGCCCUGCAAUAAAUGUCAAGAUAAAGAUCAAAGGCGGAAAAUGCACAUAGAACGGAUCUCCUCGAUAUACAUGCUACAUUUUGUGGAAGGUCCACCACAUAUAGACUUGGAUGUUUAUGGAUUUGACUUUGAAGGAAGCUUGUACAGAAUCUGCUCUAUUAUUCAGUAUUUACCAAAUAUGAAGCAUUUUGUCACGUGGAUUCGGAAUUCUGAUGGUUCAUGGCUUCAGUGCGAUGAUUUGCAAGGUUUCAGUUGUGUUAGACGUUCAACAUUAGAAGUGCCUGCCCAUGAAGUCCAUAUUAUCAUCUGGGAAAGGAGCGACUUUGAGAAAGCAACUUGCAGGGAUAUCAUUCCACAUGGUGACUCUUCAUUUGUAACUGGGCUUAAUGCUCCAUCCUUAAGGAGUGAGGCUACCUCCUCUGAUGUGCAACGCCCCAGUGAAAUACCUUUAACUAAUACUGCUCUGUUUAGUGCACCAGAUAAACAAAUAAUCAGUGCACUGAAAGAGACCACCACACCAAAUGUGGAUUGUGUAAAGGAAAACGAUAUAAAAGGAACUUCAAACAGUAAUUUCUUGACAGAUUUGCAGCAUCUGGGAGAUGAUGCGAAUAUAACACUGAAUCUUGUUGAGAUUAAACUGGAUGAUGAAGGGAACCCAUUGGACACCUUUCAGUUCAUACCAGAUCAACAGCAGUUACAAAAUGCACCGCUUAUGGCUAUUGACUGUAAUGUCUCUGUCUACCCUCCUGGUGAAGUACAUUAUUCCAGUGAAGAAUGUCAAAUUGAUCAAACUAUUGCAAAUUCUGAUACGGGUCAAAAACAGAUUUUGCAGUCUGAAAUGCCAUUUAGUCCAUCCCAAUCAUUGCAACUCCAAGACACUGGCCUAGCUGAUAUUCCUUCAGCAAUAUUACAAAGAAAUUCAACUGUAAAAAACCUAACAAUUCAAUAUCAAGAAGGAAUGGUAAUCCCAUCUGGAAUUUUGGAGAUCCCGACAAAGUCUGACAUCAAAAUACAGAAGGGGCAUUGCAAUAAGAUCUCGUUAUCUCCAACUGCAAAAACGCCUGCUACAAAUAAAUCAACGACUGGCAUUCCCAAGACUGCAGUAGCUAAACGGAACUUCACUGUUGGCUGGGGAAAGAAUCUGUUGAACCGUCAUCUUUCAAUUCUGGCCACCAAUGAACCUGGAACAACAAGUAAGAAAGAAGUUGGGAAUACUCAGAAUGGUUUGCCAGGUGUGACAAAUUCAAAGUCUUCUGCGAAGGGGCAUUUUGACGGGUUUAGAAGCAAAAAUACCCCAAAAUCUGUACAAAAGGCCAUCAAAAAUCCGUCUGAAUCUCCAGAUUUAAAUACUCCAAACCUUACCUGUGUGCAGAAUAACAAUCUUCAACGAUUCAGUAAUGUGAAGGACAACUGCAAGAAAAUAUCUAUGGGUGCCCAUACUUUAAAUAAAACAUAUCUUUCUAAUUCAUCAAAAUUUAAUAAUUCCCCGAUGUGCGAGACAGGGACUUAUAACGUGAACCAUCAGAGUUUAGUCCCAGUUGAGAAAACGGAACUGAAUAACAUCGAUUCCAAAGCUCAAAAGCUCCGUCUGAAGUUACUGAAAAAACUUCAAACCAAAAAAAAUCAAUUGGCUUCUCUUGACCAGCUAAUGAAGACUAAUCAAUGUGGUGAAUAUCUGAGCGCUGGACAAUCAUUUAACCUUGCAACUAAUAACGGAGACCUGAUGUAUGAAUUUUUGAAUGAUCUUUGUGGUCAGGCUGGAGUUGAAGACAGAGACUCUGUUUGUACCAGCUCUAAUGCAUCACUGAACAGUAGCCCAAGCCACGAGGAACUACUUGCAGAACUCUUCACUCCGACCACAGCCACUACAUUUAACUGCAUGAAACCUGAUGACUUGCGAUAUGGUGAACCACCAACAGGUGGAAUAGCGAAUGGUAAACUGAGUACUAACUACAACAUAGGUUCAAGGACAGCAAACAAUAAUCUCACAUCACCUAUUUCAGUUUCAACUAUGCCACAACAAGCUUACAAAAAUGAGUUUACCAGCAUGACCAACAUUCACACGUCAUCGUUUGAGAGUCCUAUUAAGGAUGACAUGCUAGUAGAUUUAUUAUCCAUUUCAACUCUUAACUCUUUAUCAGGAGAUCACGAAUUGCCCAACUUUGAUGAAAACCUUUUUGAAAACUGCUAGGAAGUGGAAGCUCAUCAAAACAGUGGAGAAAAUAAUCAUUGUUUACAUGACAGUAUUGUUGGUUUGAAUUUAAAAUGUUUUUCUUCCCAUGAACUUGUAACACAAUGAGUAAUGUGCAGCUGAUCUGUGCUUGGCAAAGAUUUGUUUCAACCUUUGGAAAUUUCAGAAUCUGUGUAUAAAUGUGUAAACUUGCUUUCUCAGACACUUUAUUUUGUUCUGAUUUCACUGUACUGAGGGUCUGCUAAUGAUGCUUCGAAAUGCAAUAUAUGUGUGGCCAUUCACGUUUAAUUGCUAAUUAAGAAAAGACUAGCAGACGUUGUUUUGACAAUGUUUACUGUUAUUUACAUGAAUAGUUUUAUUUUUUGAAUAUUUAAGUGCAAUUUCUCCUGAGCUGUAAAUAAAUUUAUUGACAAUAUUUGUUA